AUGAGUAAUAAGGAGAAUAUACCUAUCACGCCAAAGAGCAAAGAUAAUAGAAAUUCUGUUUCUGCUCUUUCGCCGAUUAAUAACCAAGCCUUAAGACCAAUUUCACCUAAUAAAGAGAAUAAUCAAAUUGGCAAAUUGAAUUUUUUGGAGACAGACAAUCUAGAUGAGCAUUUUGAACUUGUUCAUGUCACCCAAGAAGAAAUUCGACAACGAUUACACAAUAUUGAAUUGACAUCAAAGCAGACAAGUGUUGAUUUGGGACAACUAUUUGAUAGACUGAAAAAUAAUAAUGAAAAUUUGAAUAAACUAUUACGGAAUGUGGUGUCUUAUUCUGAAGAAGUAAUGACAGAAGGAAAUGCAACAAAGGCAGACAUGGAAAAAAUUUUAACUCGGUUGGAUAAACUCAACGAGAGAAACAGCAGGUCUGAUAAUGAUGUCAAUCCGAAAGUGGAAAUUACUGAUAGUUCAAUGGACAAAAUUCGUGAAUUAAUAAGACAGGUGUUUGGUGAUCACCUGAAAAUGGAUGGUGAAGAUGAAAAGUUAAAUGCUUUUAAAGAAGAGGUUUCUAAAAUUAAAGAUAUCAUCAAUGCACAUAAUGAAGUUGUGAGCUUUCAAUUGAAAUCUCAGGAUACGAAACAAAGUGAGUUGACAGAUCAUUUGAAUUCAUACUUUCAACAAUCCAAAGACGGCGUUGAAAUGUUAAAAAAGAUACAUUCACAUGUUGAGGCAAGAGAAUCUGAUUUGCAACAGUUGAAGGAAAUCAAUUUACUGUUAGAAGAUCUAAAAGCAGCUAAUCUUGCACUACAAGAUAAGUUACCUCCUUCUGAUUUAAUUCAAAAAAUAGUAAGUCCAAUAGUUGCAGAAUUGAAAAGUUCACCCCUAAAUUCUCUGUUGCUGACUUCAUUAGAAGGCAUUUUAGAGGCGAUUGAUAAAUUGAAGAAAACGAUUGAUGAAGGGCCCAAAUCAGCAGCUGUACUUGAAAAGUCAGACAGAAUUGCGGAGGAUAAGAACACAAGCAACACUCUACUAGAAAAGCAAGAGGAAAUGGAAAGCAAGAUCCGCAAGAUGGAAGACAAGUAUUCGUUGCUUACUACAAAAUAUGAAGAAAAGCUUGAACAGUAUAAAGAUUUACUGAACAAGUACCAACAAUUACAAGCACAAAUUGAGGAUACUCAAGUACCCACAAAUAAUCGAGAAUCGAAAAUGGAAAAAUUGAGAAACUUCCAUAAGCUCAAAGUGGGGGAAAUUGAACAAAAUGAAUUUGUCAACGAGAGGAAACGGAUUGCUAGUACUCCAGUUGUCCAAACCCGUAGUAUUCAAUUUACUAAUAAUUCAGAUGAGGAUUGA